UUACAGGAGCAGUACGCAACGUUCAAGUCACCGGUAGCUCGGGAUAGCAAAUGCCGGGUGCGUACGUUUAAGACGCCGUGCAUCAACACUGUAUGGAAAAUUCGGUGUGAUGUGGCGAAAGUAUGCACCUGAUUUGCCAGAGAUGCCCCCAGAAAACCAGCCGCAUCUUCUUUCUGCCUAUGUUGAUCCUUGGAGUUGUUGGAUUUAUUAUCAACAUUCAUUUCUCGGUUAUGUCAUCUCACGAUGGGAUCUGUUAUCCAAAGAGCAACAUAGUUUUCCUGAAGACUCACAAAUGUGCAGGAUCGUCGAUUCAAAACAUUCUCAUGCGCUACGGUGAUGCUAAGAACUUAACUUUUGUUUUGCCAAGAACUGGAAAUUACUUGGGACAUCCCGCACCCUUUAGUCGUGCUUUAUUACCAUUCCCAAGAUUGCCUUACUACAACAUUCUAGCUCAUCACACGAGACUGGACUACAAAGAAAUCAAACGCCUGAUGCCUGGAAAUACAGCAUACAUAACUAUUGUCAGAGAUCCUGUUCAGAUUUUUGAAUCGUCCUUUUCUUAUUACGGAUUGAACAAGUUUUUCCACAGUGAUUUCAGAGAUUUCAUUCGGGAUCUUCCUCAUCUCAGCAAGAAGUUCGUCGACAGAAGAUAUCGCGAGAAGUUUGGAACAAAUCAGAUGAUGUUCGAUCUCGGUGCGAAUCCAGACAUUUUUGAAAACGAUACUUUAGUCAACGAAUAUGUGCAGAAACUGGAUCAAUGGUUCGAUCUGGUUUUAGUAGCUGAUAGAAUGGAUGAAUCUUUGAUUCUGAUGAAACGUUUUUUGUGUUGGGACAUUGAUGAUGUAGUAACGUUCAAAUUGAAUGCGAGAAGUCCUAAAUUCAAAAGUGAGUUAAACGACGAAGAAAAAGAAGCACUUCGGAAACUAAAUCAUGCUGAUGCUAUCUUAUACUCGCAUUUUCUUGAAAAAUUCGAGAAAGAAAUUGAACAGUUUGGUCGAGAGCGCAUGGCUUCCGAAAUCAAAGAAUUGAAGUUAAGGACACAAAAAUGGUAUGAUCUUUGUAUCAGAAACGUACAGCCUUUCGUCACCCCACAAAGUAAACCGAAAUAUUAUUACAACCCUAAAGUUAUGGUAUUUGAAACGAACAAAAACAUAAACAACCAGUCUUGUAGUUCCAUGACAAUGGAGGAGCUCCCAUUUACAGACCAUUUGCGUGAAAAGCAAAUGAGAAAUUAUCCGCGUCGAUACAAGAAAAUUUCAUUUCAUCGAAAAGUAAUAAUUCGAAAACCUGCCCUCAAAGUGCAAAAUGCUUUGCAUUGAACAUUUUAAAGAAUUUCUGAAAUGUGAUUAUUAUAUAUUUAAGUAAAUAGUGUUCAACUCGUUCACAAAGAUAUCGCUUGUAACGGCACAUCGGUCAUGGAGUAAAUAUACUGCUGGUCCAGGAAGAUCCAUGUUCAAAAUACGUAAAGCCAUAUUUCUUUUAUUGUCAUGAUUUAAAUGUCAACAUUUAACUUAUCUGUUUUAACGAUAUCCCCCUUCCCCAUUGUUCAAACUCAUUUUUGAUUUUAUUCUUUUUUGAGUAUAAUUCUGAGAACUUAAUUUGAAAGAAAAUUAUUCGAGAACUGUCACCUUCAUUCUACCCCAAACAGUUGUCACUAUAGUUAGAGCAAACGUAAGCUGGUAGCAUUGUGAAGGCUAUGUAGAUCCUAAUCACAGCAUUACCACGCUAACAGGCUAGGUUUGACCCUACUAUAGAUGACUAGACUACGACUUUUGUCUAUGCUACUUCUGUCCUUGUGGAUUUUACCCAGUAUAAACUUUUAAAACUAAUGUCUUCGUAAGUGGCAUUUAAAAAUGUGAACGCCAUUUAGCAAACUAAUGAAGAAAUAGUGGAGUUGAGAUUAAUAAUAAUAAUAACAAAAAAAAAAAAAAAAAAAAAAAAAAAACACCGUCGUUGCGAAAUCAGCCAUACAGUGCUCAUUGCAAUGCUAAGUACCUUUCCAUGCACUUGUCAACAGCUAUAGUUGGAGCAAGGCAAAUUUGGCAUUGUAUGCAAUAAAUAGUUUUGUUAAAUACUUUGCUACCAUGUUUGCUUGAACUCAACUUUAAUGAUGACUUUUCCGUGGGUUGCAGUGUCUUGUUGCCUUUUUAAGCACUCUUCAGUCUUUUCAAAACACCUCGUAGUGUUUAUUACAGUGCUAUCGUGAAAUUCGUUAAACAAUCGUUUCUUAAAGGCACCAUUUUGCGACGAUGAUGUUUUUGCGAUUGAGUUUUUGUCGUUUUCUUUUGUAAUAAUCCAUUAUUCCAUCGUGAAUUUGUUUAAUAAAAAAACCCUUCUCAGCCAUAACGCAUUGGACUCUUUUCGGGCAUUGUCGCAAUGUUUUCCGCCGUUCUGCCCAUUCGUUCUAGAAUCACAAUGCAAUCUACUUCUGCGUAAGCUAUAAACAUAAUUUAAAAUAAUACCGCUGUUUUACAAAGCCAGCAAAAGUGAUUAAAAAUAAAAGAAAAAAUAAUUUGAAUUUUUGGCAUCUUGAAUUCAAAUUAUGUUUUUCGAAAUCACGAGCGUGUGUGUAUGAAUGCGAGUAUGUGUUUGUGUAGGCGCAUGUGUGUGGGUGCGUGUGUAUGUAUGCAGUGCUGUGUGUGUACACGCGCGCGUGUGUGUAGGCUUUCGUAUGUGUGUAUGUAUGUAGGCAUAUGUGUUUGUGUCUGUGUGCAGGCAUGAGUAUGUGUAUGUGUGUGUGUGUGUGUGUUUGUGUCUGUGCGGCAGGCAUGAGUGUGUGUAUGUGUGUAGGCGUGUGUGUGUAGGAUAUGGACGCAACCUGGUGACGGUUUUCGCAAGAGGAGCAGCAUCGUGAGGCCGGUCGACGCGACGGUGGUGCUGGCAGAGGGUGUUGUCGGGAAAAUAAAAUCAUAGGAAUUCAAAACAUAGGAAAUGAAAACAAUAAGCAAUCGUGAACGUUCAAAAAAGAUAACAUAUCGCUUGCUUUAUAACGUUUAUGCGUAGAAAUCUGAUUGCAUAUCAGAUCUUAUUUUUACAUACUGUAUUAUGUAUAAUUUGACUUGAAAGCCCUGACAUCGCUGGCCCGUUUAUAAAGUUAAUAAACUAGUUUUAAAGGAGGACCCCCCUAUGUUGUUACAGCCGAUGUCAACUUUUUGAUCUUGUUCAGAAGUCUUGAUUUUUCCUACUAUAUUUUGUGUUAAUAUGUAACAGCACUUUCUGUGAUAUCAAAAUCCUUUUUGGUACGUUUUUGCUCUUUGAAAUUUGAAAUA